AUGUUUCAGAGGUGGUCAGGUAGGGUUCAAAGUAACUGGAAAAACACAAGAUUAACUCAAAAUAUUUCUGGCGCAAAUGAAAAUGAAAGUGGUAAUGAUAACGGUGAUGUAUGUGAAGAUGUUGUUGAACUCAAACGACGCCUACUGCCAACUUUGAUCGCUGCAUAUGAACAGGGCGGUUGCGUAAUAGUAUGGCGAAUGCCAACCGAAAUAUCACAGUCACGAUUAGCCGGUCGUUAUAAGCCAUCUAAUGCUUGCACAAUAAUUGCUGUUAAACUGACCGAAUUUAUCUAUCGAGAAGGUAUUAUACUACGGCCUACCCACAUAUCACGUGCGAGUAGGAGAAAUAGUGUCAGAUCGUAUCCACGACUCCGAAAUUGGCCAUCGAAAAUAUUAGCUGAAUUUGAAAAAGCCAAACCAAUAACGCGCUGUUCAGCACAACUGUUAAACGCGUUCAUUAAUGCCAUCAUUGAGGGUAAUGAAAUACACGAGCAGGAGAUGGUCAAACGACGCCCAAUCUGUUCUUGUUGUGAUCGUCAUGCAGAAACAUUCACUAUUCCACAGGCACUGGAAGGAUGCGGUAAUGUAUUUCGAGAAAUUGAUUAUAUUACUGUGCAUGGGAAAAUUAUUUAUAAUCUGAAGCAAUUUUUGCUAGCGCCUAUACAGAGUGACUUACUAAAGGAUCAUUUACAAAUCUAUAUGAUACUUAUCGUAUUUGAACGAUCUAUUUUACUGGUCUAUGAGCGUAAAUGCAAUGCUAUAUUCCUAUUAGACACGCACACACAUCUAAGGACAAGAAAUAUGAAGACAGGAGGUUUAAUCGCUAUGUGUCUAGUGAAUAAUUUGGAUUGUUUGAUUAAAUGGAUGUGUAGAAAUGUUUUCCCGGAAAUUACUUGUAAACUUAAUUGUGAUCAGUCUUUCGAAGUAUCUGUAUUAGCCUUCAAAGGACGACUCCAUGAAGAUGAUCACCCACUAUUCGUGCCACGAAAUGUGGAGACGUUGCAUCUUUUUCCGGCACAACAGAUCGAUCAAACGUUCCAAUUGCAAAUGCAAAUGCAAUGUACUAAGACAAGUGGAUCAAAAGCUAUUUUUGAAUAA